GUUGCGCACGCGCUGUGGCGUUCCCUUCACGGAAGCACCUGCGGUGUCACUGUUUUUCAAUAAAAAGACACGAUGUGAUGUAAAUGGUCGAAAUACCAACAGGCUUGUUUGAACAGCAUGCUCAGCUAUAUAUUGGGGGCGAUUCUAUCAGUGUCGGUGGCAGUGUUGUUUAUUCCUCGCGAGUGGUCCUUUAAAUUUGGACAUGAAUCAACCCAGAGGCCCCCUGUGCGGCUCCUGAGCAAACAUGAAUUAUCACUGUACGACGGCGAAGAAGGCAGCAAGGGCCUUUACCUGGCCAUUUUGGGACAGGUUUUUGAUGUGCAAAAAGGACACAAGCACUAUGGACCAGGUGGUGCCUAUCACUUCAUGGCAGGCAAAGAUGCCUCACUGGCCUUCAUCACUGGAGACUUCACAAAAAGUGGUCUAACAGAUGAUGUGUCCAGUCUCUCCCUCUUGCAGGUGGUGGCCCUGUAUGACUGGCUGGCUUUCUACCAGAGAGACUAUCAGACUGUAGGUCUGGUAAUAGGCCGGUUCUAUAGCAAGACUGGACAGCCUACAGAGGCCUUGUUGCAGGUAGAAGCAUCACUAUCAGAAGGCCAGCGAAUCAAGGCCCAGUCUGAGGCUGAGAUGGUGCACUUCCCUGCCUGCAACUCAGAGUGGAAUGCUGCCAGGGGAGGGAGAGUCUGGUGCUCCACUAAGAGUGGUGGAGUGGUAAGAGACUGGACAGGUGUCCCGCGAAAACUCUUCUCUGCAGGAUCCAGUGGUGUUCGAUGUGUGUGUGUUGAAGACCCAUCUGCAGCAGAGGAAGACCCCAAACUACAGAAAUAUGAAGGCUGCCCUUCACAUGCUGAGUCAUGCUCCGUUGGAGAAUUCUAGUCGCUGGGCCAAGCCCAGAAAAAUUGACCUAUUCAUAGCCUGCUAUUUAGCAGCACAAACCUCAAGAAAACACAGGGAUUUUUACUAGUAAAUCACAGCAAUGAAAUUAUUCAUAAUAAAGAAUAAGAAUCAAAAAAUGUUUUGUUUUUGAUGACCUUUAUGUAAAGUUGUCCUCCCUUUCUCUAAAAGGAUACACCAGGAAGAGACCGGCUAGAUAUCUGAGCAUACAGAUACAAUACAAUGUGCAUAAAAGAUUAAACAA